CCACAAUGGCCAGCAGACAGAUGACCAAUGACCAUCUGCGCCUCUCCUGGCACGACACCCAGAUGAUGGCCACCCUUAGCCCGCAGACCGUCAUGGAUUACUUCUGCCGCAAGUCGAAUCCCUUCUACGAUCAUAUGUGCAACAACGAGACUGUUCGGAUGCAGCGCCUUGGUCCGGAGCACCUGCAUAACAUGAUCGGUCUGGAAUACAUCCUGCUGCACGUGGCAGAGCCCAUUCUUUAUGUGAUCCGCAAGCAACACCGACAUAAUCCCUCGGAGGCCACGCCGAUAGCCGACUACUACAUCAUCGGAGGCACCGUUUACAAGGCGCCGGAUCUUGCCAACGUCAUCAAUGCCCGCAUACUCAACACCGUGGUGAACCUGCAAUCCGCUUUCGAGGAGGCUAGCAGCUAUGCCCGGUACCAUCCAAACAAGGGUUACACGUGGGACUUUUCUUCCAACAAAGUUUUGUCAGAUAAGUCCAAGUCAGAUAAAAAGGACUCCAACUCAGCGAAGGAUGAGAAUAGCGGCACGCUGUUCCAGAAGCAGCGUGUGGACAUGCUGCUGGCAGAGCUCUUGCGUAAAUUUCCCCCACCAAUACCGCCUAUGCUGCAGAAUCUCCAACAGCCCCCACCAGCAGGCGAUGAACUGAACGCAGCUGGUAAUGCCUCCGAAAUGAACAACGCCACGGGACCUCUGGAUAUCAAAACCGAGGGUGUGGAUAUGAAGCCACCGCCCGAAAAGAAGAGCAAGUGAUUACGUAAACGUGCAUUUAAACUGGGAGAGAUUAAAGUACAUUUAACUUAGA